AUGCAACAUUACAAUUUUAGUAAAGUAACUGAGAUUUUUCUCUUGGGAUUUCAGAACAUACAAAGUUUUAAUCUUUGUUUCUUUAUUUUGCUUCUGAUAAUCUUCUGUGUGAGUGUAUGUGGAAACCUCCUCAUCAUUCUGGUGGUGUCCUCCAGCAGAUCUCUCCACUCUCCUAUGUACUUCUUCCUCACACAGCUCUCCUUCACAGAUAUUAUGCUUUCCACCACCAUCGUACCUAACACACUCCACAUUGUGCUGUAUGAAGGGAGUCCUGUGUCUUUUAUUGCUUGUUUGACACAAUAUUACUUUUUUUCAGCUAGUGAGGCCUUAGAAUGUCUUGUCCUGACCGUGAUGUCCUAUGACCGGUAUCAGGCCAUCUGUAACCCUCUACAUUACACCUUGGUCAUGGACCUCACAUUUUGUGUAAGAACCAUUUCAUUGUGUUGGCUGGUGAUUUUAGCUACAAUGUUAAUGAUUUAUUUUACAGUUAGUCGUUUGGAUUUUUGUGGGCCAAAUAUCAUUGACCAUUUCUUCUGUGACUUGGAACCUUUACUGGAGCUUUCCUGUUCAGACACUUUUGCAAUGAAAUUGGAGACUUUGUUUCUGGUUAUUUUCCUUGCUAUUUGUCCUGUUAUAGUAAUAAUAGUUUCCUAUGUGUACAUUAUCUUCACCAUACUGAAGAUCCCCUCUGUGACCGGGAGGCAGAAGACCUUCUCCACCUGUAGUGCCCAUCUCAGUGUGGUGUCUCUAUAUUAUGGAUCCCUUAUUACCACCUAUGUAUUUCCACGCAAGCAAAAUGCAAAGACAUUUCUGUCCCUCUUCUACACUGUAGUAACCCCGCUGCUCAACCCUAUGAUUUACAGUUUGAGUAAUACCGAUAUUAAGCAGGCACUUAAAAAACACUGGAGUAACCUUUCUUCUAUGUGUCAUAUGAAUUGGCUUCCUUGUCUUUCUGCUUUACCACUUAUUAAAAUAACCUAUCCUCCCCAUUUUACUUCAGCCAGUUAG